ACAGAAUGAGAAUAAGUCUUUGAUAUUAAUUACUAGUCUGCAGCUAGGAAUUCGGUAUCAUUGAACGCGAAGAACGACAACCGCGGAAACAUCCAUUCUAUAACGAAUGUCACUUUGAACUAUCCCCUCUAACCAAGACAGAGAGAGAGGGGGAGAGAGACAGACAAUUCUACGAAAGACACAAACUUUUCACCAGCGAUCAAGACGACAAAACUGAUCACAGUGUACCAUGGCCUCUCUCUCUCUGUCCCUGGGACUGCUGGUGCUAUGCACCCUGGCUCUUGUACACUGUGACCUGCAUGACGGCCCCGUCAGAGUGUAUGAUAUUCGUGCCUCCAAACUGAAAGGACGCUUUUUCUCAAAACCAGACCCCUACGUCAAGGUGUGGUGUGGCUCAUCCUUUCAUGGCAAGAGCAGCAUUCUGAAGAAACAGGAAAACCCCACCUGGCCCGACCAGUUCAACUUUGCUAACAUCCUUCCCAACUCUAUCCUGACGCUGGAGGUGUGGGAUGAUGUCAUCGGACCAGAUCGCCACAUGGGAACCUGCACCACCACCAUCCGCCCAGGAACACACACUGAGACCUGCCAGCUGAAGAAAGGCACCGUCUACUACACAUACAGCUACGGCUACAGUCACUAGAUGGAACAGUAUUAUGGUUAGAAUGUAACCUAUGACCUUGUGUCUGAUUGGUUCUCUCACCCUUUCUCUCAUGUAUUCACUUCCUUAUAGCAUCAAUUAAAACAAUGUGCUUUACGGCAA